GCUGAUUUAUUAAUAUAAAAAUUGCCAGUGAGAAGUGUUACACUCUUUCCUUUCAUACUAAGUACUCUAAGUCUGUGUGCCGUUUACCCGACAGCAUGUCCCAUGUCGGACCAGCCACUUUGCACAUGCCCAGUGGCCAUGUUAGCCGGUGGCUCCUAUGCUGACAGCCCAGGUCCAGCCUUCAUUUCUUGAAGCCACCAAGUGUCUCAUGAUAUAUCACAAAAUAGUCACAUGCUAUUUUAGACUUAAUUUCUGUUUGCAUAUUUAAAAAAGAAAAUUAAAACAUUGAGUAGGGAGUUAAAAACCAGCACCGAGCGCGGCUUCCCUGCCUGCCAGCAGGCUUCUCCCUUUCUGGGGAGUCUGAACUGGAAAGGCCUGGUCCCAGCCUCAGGGCAUGGGCGCCCUGAGAUAAUGACUUAAUUAACGCCUGCCUGGGCAGUUUUGAUCUUCAAGGAGCGGUGCCCACUCGGCUGAGGCUGCUCCUGUAUUAAUUGCCCCAAACCCAGAAAGCCUUGCCCAGAGAUAAAGGGGCAUGUGUUUCAUCAUCACUACAAAUUGCUCUGCAAUCUGCUCUGGCACCAGCCGAGGUCUGCUGUGGAUGCCCAGCGGGCACCACCUGAGGACCCCAGCACUGCAGGUGUGCGUGUGCGUGUGCAAGCAUGCGUGCACUGCUGCUUCUCCUGGGUGGGGCGGAGCCUCCUCACAUGGCAGGGUUAUUGGCCCCACUUUCCAGGUGAGAGGACAGAGACUUGGGCAGCUUACAGCCAAACCACGCCAACAAGGCCAAGGCCAGGGGCAGAGGGCGGCCAGGCCUGGUGUGCCCUGCAUGUGCCCCUGCACCUUGGGGCUGGGGAUCAGGUGGGCGUGGGCUCCAGUGCUGCUGCCUUUAUAGCCCGGCGACCUCGUCCUCCACUCUCCUGGCUGUGAGCUGUGUGCCUCCCAAGUGAGUCCACCUGCCUCGAGCAUCAGAGACCCCCAGCCUCCUGGUGGGGCCCUGGGGCGGUGCCUCUCCUCAGCUCUGGGCCUGGCCUUCUGUAAGUGGGGGGUGGGGCAGGUCUCCACUGCUGGGGUCUGUGUGAGUGACAGGAAGUCACACAAGGAAGAGGCGCUCAGUAGAUGUUAGUCGUGGCUCCCACUGCGAAAUAACGCUAACAGCAAUGAUGGCACUCCAGCUGGUGUCCCCGGCAGAGUGGGGAUGGGCUGAGCUGGGCUUUAGGGUGAAUGCUGGCUGCACACCACACAAGGCGCUGGCUCUAUGACAGGCCCUUAAAACAGGCAUGUUGUCCCCUCCAGCCCCUCCUUCGCUCUGAGGGAAGGACAGGCCCUUUCUGUUCCUCCCUGGGUGCCUGGAGGGAACAUCACCUCGGCUGCGCUGAUUUGGAGCACCUGAGUCACCUUAAUUAUGGGCCUGCGGGCACGUGGGGCACGCCUGGGAUGCUGGGGAUAGCCCAGAAGCCCCGGCUCCGGGGGUGACUGGACCCCCCCCCCGGCCGCCAGGUGCACCUUCACCACCCCCAGCAUCCCCCCAGCAUGGAGAUCCCCUGUGCCCCCUUCUUCACUGGGGGCCCUCAGACGCGUGCCCACCACCUGAGGUCUCCUUCCCGCACAAAGCCAGGAGCCGUCUGGCCCGGCCUGUAGGGCCCUGAACGCCGAGUCCCCGCCGCUUCUGACUCAAGUAUAUUUAGCCUCAUUAUCAAAUGUUUGCAGUGAGCCGUGUGAACCUAAUAGCGGCUGGAAGUGAAACCCGAUUCCCAGGCAGAAAGCAGCACGUGACCACGCCUGAUCCGCAGGGGUCACCCCCCACCCCGCGGGCUGGGCAGUGCGGUGCCCCCAGGCGCCUGGCCCCACACGCAAGUGUCCUCUUGGACCCAGCAUCCUACCCCCACCUCGUCACGCAGCCCCUUCUCCAGAGACCGAAACUAGGGUCGCGUGGUGUCGAGAAGGAACGAGGGUCUGGAGGGGUCCACGCGGGAGUGGUUCCCAUCCAAGUUGGUGACCUCUCGGUCAAGCUUACCCUGCUUCUGCCUCCGUCCUCCAUGCUGACCACCCCGCCCACAGACUCGCCUGAGGGAGGCAGCAGGUGUGUGGAGGCCUGUGGAAGGGCGCGCGUAGACCCAGGUCGUCUGGGAACCGCAGGAGAAGGCCCCCAGCCCCAGCCCCUUGAGUUCCCGGCUCAGGCCGCUACCCGGCCUUCCACGAGGGAGUGGGGACUUGGGGGACGCGGGGUCCAGGGUGGAGACGAGGCACGCUGCAGCCCCCCUCCUCCGACCUGGGCGCUCUCCCAUCGGAAUGUGGGUGGAGGUUCCUCAUUCAGACGCCCCAGGCAUCGGAUUGUGGGCGGGAGCGCGUGGCAGCCGCCAGGUGAGUGUCCCAGACGCGCCCCUAAACCCGGCCCACCUCUCACCAGAGACUCGCUCCCCCUCCUUUUAUGGCGAGGGGGAGGCAGGGGCCCUGGAUCCCAACCGUGGAAAGAGGCCCGAGGGCGGGGGGCGGGGGCCGGCCUGCUUUUGCCCUUUUUGGCGUCCAGCUCUGGGCGCUGCCCUCUGCUGCCGCUGGGGCCCGAGAGAGGCGAGGCGAGCCGGCGACGGCGGAGCUUCCGCGGCGGCCUCCUCCACUCCCCGUCCGGUGCCGCAGGAUUGCAGCUGGAAUUGGAGGGUGGGCAGCUCGAGGGAGGGGCGCGCGGAGCCCCGGUGGCUGUGCUCGGAGCCGGGCACGGGGCUUGGAUGGAUCUCACUGCCUGCGUGAGCGCGUGUGUGUGCUCACUGCGGCGGCGGCCGGGCCCUACCCGGCCCGUGCGGCCCCCGCACGCUUCCGAGGUGCGGGUCCCGGGCCCGGAGUCCGGGGGAGGCGCGAGGGAGGGGCAGGGGAGGGGCGCGGCGACGGCCCUAUAACCCCCUCCCCGUCGCCGGCCGGCUCCACACGCGCGCCCGGCGGAGCCCGCACAACUCCGGCGAGCUGGGCCUGCCCACGCCUGCUCCUCUCCCGGCGGCGGCAGGGGUAGCGGCGCCGGCUCGGUCCUGCGCCCGCCUUCAGGCCCGCGCGGCGCGGCCCCGGGUGCUGCCCGGCUCGGGCCGGAGG